AUGCGAAUACCCAUACUGGAAAAGAUUGCCUUCCUCCAACAUGAACCGGUGUUUUGGCGACCUUACGUUGACGACACGUUCGUCAUCGUAAAGAAGGACAUGCUGCAACAUUUUCACAGCCUGCUCAACGCAGUCUUCCCGGAUAUAAAAUUCACGAGAGAAGAAGAACAGGAGCAGCAGUUGCCCUUCCUGGAUGUGCUCGUCAGACGAAACCUUAACGGUGAACUUGAAACGACGGUUUAUAGGAAGGCAACGAACACCACACAGCUUGAUCAGAAGAAGAAGCGAUCGCUGGAACAAUGGCUUUAUUCGCCUGACGUUUCGGAUUCUCUCUUGAAUCCAUCAUCAGAGACAGUUGCAGAAAAGGGUGGUUAG